UGUAUAAUACUGGGGUUAUUAUGAAAAGCUUUCAAAGAAAGGGAAAAAAAGAGAGCUUUUUGAGAAACGCAUCAAACACACCAUAACUUCAUCAUCAACCUUCUCCUCUUUCUUACGCAAUUACAACUUCAACGCCUCUCCCUCUCUCUGUUCGCUGUGAAUGUCGAGAUAGUCAUACGCUCUCUGCUUUCAAAUUUCUUUCAAAUUGAGGUAUAGAGAGAAGGGCACAGAGAUAGAGAGCGAGAGGCAUUGGAAACAGUGAUUUUCCCAGUUCCCGGAGAAACAAUCGGCUGAUUUUAUCAUUGAUUUCUCUACAAUCGGAGAAUCUGAACCUUACCCACUCGAAUUCAGCUCGUGGGUUUUGGUGGGUUUUUAUCAAUUGUCCAGAUUCUGGAGAAAAAUCUUGAAUUUUAUCAAGAUGUUUGGGUGUGAUUGUUUUUACUGGAGCAGAGGACUCUCUGUGUUGGAUUCGGAAUCGUCUGAGCCAAAGCCCUUCUCGCUUCCAUCUCCUCUUCCUAGUUGGCCACAAGGUAAAGGUUUUGCCACGGGAAGAAUAAAUUUAGGAGAAAUAGAAGUGGUGAAAAUCACCAAGUUCCAUAGAGUUUGGAGCUCUGAUUCUUUGCACGACAAAUCAAAACGUGCAACAUUUUACAGAGCCGAGGAAAUUCCAGAAGGUUUCCAUUGCCUUGGUCACUAUUGCCAGCCAACCGAUCAGCCCUUGAGAGGUUAUGUACUUGCAGCUCGGGCUAGCAAAGCCGUCAAUGCUGAUGAUCUCCCGCCCUUGAAAAAGCCUGUGAGUUAUUCUUUAGUUUGGAGUGCAGAUUCAGAGAAAAAUGGCAGUGGCUAUUUUUGGCUACCUAAUCCUCCGGUUGGUUACAGAGCAAUGGGAGUUAUUGUAACCCCUGGACCAGGUGAACCUGAACCAGAGGAGGUUAGAUGUGUAAGAGAGGAUCUUACAGAGAGUUGUGAAACCUCUGAGAUGAUACUUGAGGUGGGUUCUUCGAAGAAUUCGAACGGCUCUAGUUCUCCUUUUAGUGUGUGGAGCACCCGACCUUGCGAGAGAGGGAUGCUGUCACAAGGUGUAGCUGUUGGGUCAUUCUUUUGCUGCACGUAUGAUCUGUCUUCUGAUAGGACGGUCCCUGAUAUUGGAUGCUUAAAGAAUCUUGAUCCGACCUUACACGCGAUGCCAAAUCUCGACCAGGUCCAUGCGGUUAUCGAACACUUCGGACCAACAGUCUACUUCCACCCAGAAGAGGCUUACAUGCCUUCAUCCGUACAAUGGUUCUUUAAGAAUGGAGCUUUGUUGUACCGGUCAGGGAAAUCACAAGGUCAACCGAUUAACUCCACGGGCUCUAACUUGCCUGCUGGAGGAUGCAACGAUAUGGAAUUCUGGAUAGAUCUUCCCGGAGACGAAGAAGCAAAGAGUAAUCUCAAGAAAGGAAACCUUGAAAGCUCGGAGCUUUACGUUCAUGUGAAACCAGCACUUGGUGGAACCUUCACCGACAUUGUGAUGUGGAUUUUUUGCCCCUUUAAUGGCCCGGCCACGCUCAAAAUCGGGCUAUUCACGUUACCUAUGACCCGCAUAGGAGAACAUGUCGGUGAUUGGGAACAUUUCACUUUCCGCAUAUGCAACUUCUCUGGUGAGCUUUGGCAAAUGUUUUUCUCUCAGCAUAGUGGUGGUGGUUGGGUUGAUGCAUCAGAUAUUGAGUUUGUGAAAGAUAACAAACCGGCAGUGUACUCAUCUAAACACGGACAUGCGAGUUUCCCUCACCCGGGAAUGUACCUCCAAGGCUCUUCAAAGCUCGGGAUUGGAGUCAGAAACGAUGUUGCAAAAAGCAAGUACAUUGUGGAUUCAAGCCAAAGGUAUGUGAUUGUAGCAGCUGAGUAUUUAGGUAAAGAAGCUGUGAUAGAGCCGUGCUGGUUACAGUAUAUGAGAGAAUGGGGUCCGACCAUUGCAUAUGAUUCGGGGUCUGAGAUCAAUAAGAUCAUGAAUCUUCUUCCUUUGGUUGUUAGGUUCUCUAUUGAGAACAUUGUUGAUUUGUUUCCCAUUGCUCUUUAUGGAGAAGAAGGUCCUACGGGGCCAAAGGAGAAAGAUAACUGGGAAGGAGAUGAGAUGUGCUGAAAGAAGACAAACCUCUGCGUGAAGAAUAAGGUUUAGUGGGAGACGAAGUCUCUUGUUGACGCAGAGAGAUUUGGUCAUAAAGAUUUGUUCAUCUUUGUUGCGUGUUGUGACUAAUAUGUAUUUACAGUAUACUAGCUUAUCAGCUGCCAUUUGAUGAUGUAAUACCUAAAACACUGCGUUUGCGGCUGUAAUCAGCUGCCACAACGGCUAAUGAGAAAUAUGAAUGAUGUAUUUGUGUAC